CAUAUCCAUAUCAAAAGGCCUAAGUGUGGUUUUGUGAGAUUACUUUCUAGAAACAGAAUAACCCCCUAACCAAAAUUAGUUCUGUUCUGAGAACGACCCACGUGUAGCAAUCAUGAAAGAGUUUAGCAUCGUGUCCAUUUGGGUGUUAAUCAACCUGUUGCUGCUGCAGAGCUCAUCAUGUGCUGGUGACUCAAGUGUUGUGAAUCCCUGUUGUUACUACCCAUGUCAGAACUCAGGAGUGUGUGUGAGAUUUGGUACAGACCGCUACCAAUGUGACUGCACUCGCACUGGCUUCUACGGAGACAACUGCACUAUUCCGGAGUUCUGGACCAGAGUCCGUCUCAUGCUGAAGCCCACCCCCACGGUGGUUCAUUUCAUCCUCACCCACUUCCAGUGGUUCUGGGACCUCGUCAACAGGUCCUUCCUGCGAGGCACAUUCAUGAGAUUAAUUCUGACAGUCAGAAGCGAGGUUAUUCCAAGCCCUCCGACUUACAAUACCAAAUAUGGAUACCUCAACUGGGAGGCCUACUACAACAUCUCCUACUACACCCGGCUCCUCCCUCCUGUACCUGAAGACUGCCCUUUGCCCAUGGGAACUAAAGGUAAAUCUGUUCUUCCUGAUCCCAAACUGUUGGCUGAGAGGUUUUUUAGGAGAAAGAAAUUUAGGCCAGACCCCCAGGGAACCAAUCUGAUGUUUGCCUUCAUGGCCCAACACUUCACACAUCAGUUUUUCAAGACCAACCAUGAAGUUCAAGGGGGCUUCACUAAUGCUUUAGGACAUGGGGUCGAUGCAAACAAUAUCUAUGGAGACAACCUCAUGCGACAGCUUCAACUUCGGCUUCAUAAAGAUGGAAAGCUGAAAUAUCAGGUAAUAAAUGGUGAGAUGUACCCUCCAACAAUAUCUGAGGUCCCUGUGCACAUGGUGUAUCCUGAAAGUGUCCCUCCAGAGAAGCGUCUGGUUAUUGGUCAGGAGAUAUUUGGCAUCCUGCCGGGUCUCACCAUGUAUGCCACCAUAUGGCUCAGGGAGCAUAACAGACUCUGUGACAUCCUGAAAGGAGAACAUCCCACCUGGGACGAUGAGCAGCUCUUCCAAACUGCCAGACUUAUCAUUAUUGGGGAAAUAAUCAACAUCAUAAUAGAAGAGUAUGUGCAACAGCUGAGUGGCUACCUGCUGAAGCUGACGUUUGAUCCCUCCCUGCUCUUCAACGCACGUUUCCAGUACAGCAACCGCAUCGCUCUGGAGUUCUGCCACCUCUACCACUGGCACCCACUGAUGCCUGACAGCUUCCUCAUAGAUGGAGAUGAAAUCCCGUACUCCCAGUUUAUUUACAACACCUCCCUCCUCAUGCACUAUGGGGUGGAGAAACUGGUAGAUGCCUUCUCCCGACAGCCUGCAGGACAGAUAGGUGGAGGUCACAACUCUCAUGAAGUAGUACUCAAAGUGGCAGAAAUGGUCAUCAAAGAGUCUCGAGCAACACGUGUGCAGCCCUUUAAUGAGUACAGGAAGAAGUUUAGCCUAAAGCCGUACGCUUCUUUUUAUGAAUUUACUGAUGACUUAGACAUGGCCAGAGAUUUAGAGGAACUCUAUGGUGACAUAGAUGCUUUGGAGUUUUACCCCGGUAUCCUGUUGGAGAAAACACGUUCUAGCAGCAUAUUUGGUGAGAGUAUGGUUGAGAUAGGGGCUCCCUUCUCCCUGAAAGGCCUGCUGGGAAACCCCAUCUGCUCCCCUGAGUACUGGAAGCCGAGCACCUUUGGGGGAGAGACUGGCUUCAAUAUCGUCAAAACGUCUACUCUGAAGAAACUGGUGUGCCUCAACACAAAGUGGUGUCCGUACGUCGACUUCCACGUUCCACGAAAUGAGGAAGAAGCAAAACCAAGAGAACCGUCUACUGAACUUUAAUGAAUAUUCACCUUAAGAUAUGUAAUUUCAUUACUCACCAUCAGUUUAUUACUAUGCAGCUUGUGGGAGAUGAGAUACUAUAGUUGCCCAUGUGAUGUAAGUUUCUGUCACAAUUCCAAUCAGAUCGGAUUUAUUGUUGUAUAAAAGGUGAUGGAAACUACAUGUGCUAAUUCAGUGGUUUUAAUCCUCCCUGCAGUGAAUAAAGUACUGCAUAUUCAAACCGGUCUACCUCCUGAAAAUAGAGCUGACACAUCAAGUGGUUACUAGAGAUCUGGUAAAAUCAAUUUACUAUUUAGCUUAAAAAUUCCUCUGAACCUUGGAUAUUCAUUUUCGUUUUCUUAUAGUCUAAAUAUGUUUUUCUGUCUUUUUACCUCUUAUUUUCACAGUGGAGGUAUUACAUCAUGAAUCUUUUUGAAGACCAAAUAACAAAAACACCUUCUGUAAACAUAGCAGUAACAUUAAAAUUACCUGUUCAGAGAAGAGAGUCAAUUCACUGUAUGUAAAAAUUUUAAUAAAAGUAGAUAUAGCAUAUAUGAAAUAUAAUUGCUGAAGUACAGCCUCACAGAGCAACUAGCAUGACUAUAGACUCUUGUUACAUGAUGUGCAGGUUUUGCAUUGCAUUUAAAAUUAGGAAAAAAGUACGGUGGCUAGACAUAAUGUGUGUGUUUCUCAUGCUGACAGGAUGCAGAGGGUGGUGUAUCACCUCGUGAUAGUGUGAGAAAAAUGCUCACAUACUACUGUGGUUUUUGUUAAUGUGCAAAAGAAAAGAUACUUGUGUGUCAAGUGUGAAUUUAAUGCUUACCAUUUUAGAAUUGUCAGUAAUGUGCACUGGGUACAUGCUGUCCUGUAAAGUAUGUAGCCAUUCAAUGAAACCAUUUGUGUAA